CUCGCGCCAUUACAGGCAACAUAUACACGGCUGAAGUGAACUUGAUCGUUCCCGAAGAAAAUCAGUGUUUAAGACUACAAUUUCGGACCGAUCCAGCCAGUGUUAAGACACCAAGCUAUAUUUACGUGAAGUAUAUUUAUUCUGAUAUAAACUGGAAUAGGAAAACGACGAUACGGAGACGACAAGACGAUCAGUCUGUCGUUUAAACCAGGACUCAAGUAACACGAAAAUCUACCGAAAUUUGUUCCACCUCCAAUGCCUUCCCUCGACAUUGACAACGCCAACAUGAGUGCGACUGACUACUGUACGCCAGAAUGGCUUGGACGCCGACUUAACAGCGAGGAAGGAGCCCUGGUGCUAGACUUGAGAGCUCAGAAUGACUUUAUUCAGUCUCACGUCGAAGGGGCCAUUAAUCUGUUCAUCCCAACGUUAAUGCUCCGGCGAUUAAAAUCGGGCAACCUGUCUGUUUCCUCUGUUAUUCAGUGCAAUGAAGGAAAGGAGAAGUUUAACAAGAAAUGUAAAACACACACGAUAGUAUUAUACGACGACAACACAAAAGACUUGAACGCUAAUCCGACCAGUAUUAUUAACUUACUCGUGAAGAAGCUUAAAGUUGACGGCUGCCAAGUACGGGUUUUACAAGGUGGCUUCCAGUCCUUCGAAGAGCUGUACCCAGAUCUUUGCGAGGGGGUCGAUGACAACGAGACAAGUACUAUUAUGGGACUUAGAAACCUGUCGCUGUCUGAUAGAGACAAUGUCAAUUGCACGCGGGAAAUCUCAGGGCUGGAUACCCCAUUUCACAACGCGCUACCUGUCGAAGUGAUUCCCAAUCUUUAUCUUGGCAACGCAAGGAAUUCUGCCGACUUGGAAGCCUUGAAGAAGCACGGGAUUCAAUAUAUCCUGAAUGUCACCCCUAACCUGCCAAAUAUGUGGGAGAAAGAUGAACAUAUUGUGUACAAGCAGAUCCCAAUAAAUGACCAUUGGUCCCAGAAUUUGUCCGUCUAUUUCCCUGAAGCAAUAUCCUUCAUUGAUGAAGCCAGAGAAAAGGGCUGUGGCGUCCUUGUCCAUUGCUUGGCCGGAGUCAGCAGGUCUGUCACCGUUACUGUCGCCUACCUCAUGCAGCGCUGCCAUCUAUCUCUCAAUGAUGCCUACGACUAUGUGAAGAAGUGCAAGCCCAACAUUUCACCGAACUUUAACUUCAUGGGUCAGCUCUUGGACUUUGAGCGCCACCUCAGUACGAGUCCCGACUGGUGCAAGUGCGACUCCGACAUUGCAUGCAGCUGUCAUCAGUACAAAAGGUACUUUGACUCUCCCCGCCCAUCCCCCAAUUACAACAGCGUCAAUGUGGAGGCUGUAGCAUCAUAGUCGUGCGACAAUCAAUAAAAAAAGUCACCAGUGGGAGCUGAAAUCAUCACCACCUACGCCAUCAUUUCCAUUGAUGCGGUCACAGAUGCUCUCCCUCUACUGCCACCGUUUUACUCAAAUUUAAUAAAUCAUAAUGUGACUAAAAGAACAUUCCACCGCUCUCCUAACACAGUGACUUGUUAGUUCUUUGGGGACUGAUCAAGGUCGGGUCAAGGUCACCUAGGGGUCAUCAGGAUUCUGUGUUACUCAGGAACACUGAAAUUGUUUAACGUUAAAUAUAUAUUUAAUCUCCAUUGUGCAUAUGUCAUCUUCACUGUAUAUACUGCAUAUUAGCAUUAGAGCACUCAGAUUCAGUGGGGGUGCCUAAAUUUCUAUCACUGUGAGAGAACACGCAAAUCUAUAGUUAUACUGUAUAUUGUGUUUGUAUAUCUGUCUGUUAAAAAGUGAACAUUUACAGGUGCUUUGACUUCUUUAUUUAAAUGAUAAACAUCAUCUUUGUCAGA